AUUUGUUUCUAGACUUGAAUUAAAGCAUCUCUCAGGUGCCGGCGUACAACAAAACUAAACCCCCACAAAUCAUAUUACAGAGAGAGAGAGAGAGAGAGAGAGAUGGUCGAGGAGGAGGUGACAACAACUGUGGAACGCACCCUUGAAGCAACACCAACAUGGGCUGUGGCAACUGUGUGCUUCGUAUUAAUUCUGAUCUCCAUUCUUAUUGAGCAGUUGCUCCAUCUUUUGGCCAAGUACUUUAGCAAGAAAAGGAGGAAAUCCCUCAUUCAAGCUCUUGACAAGAUCAAAUCAGAAUUGAUGAUGUUGGGAUUCUUGUCAUUGUUGCUGUCUGUGAGCGAAAAACAUAUAGCAAACAUCUGUAUUCCGAAGAGUGUUGGUGAAACAUUUCUUCCAUGCAAGAGCAUGAGUACCGCAAGUGAUGAUGAGGAAGAAACAAAAUGCGCGGAACAGGGAAAAGUCUCCUUGUUAUCAAGGAGAGGUGUGCAGGAACUACAGUACUUAAUCUUUGUGCUGGCCGCCUUCCAUAUAUUCUCUAGCGUUCUUAUGUUCAGUCUUGGAAUGGCCAAGAUGAAGACAUGGGAGUCUUGGGAGGCAGAAACUAGAACAUUGGAAUAUCAAGUUUCAAAUGAUCCACGAAGGUUUCAGCUCACCCAUCAGACAUCGUUCGGAAAGCGGCAUCUGAAAUUUUGGAGUGACCACCGAUUUCUUCGUUGGCCGGCCUGUUUUCUUAGACAGUUCUACAAAUCUGUCUCCAAAGUGGAUUAUCUCACUCUUAGACAUGGAUUCGUUAUGGCCCACUUUGCAGAAGGAAGUAACUUUGAUUUUCAAAAGUAUAUAAGAAGAGCUUUGGAGAAAGAUUUUGGGGUGGUUGUGGGAAUAAGUUGGUGGAUUUGGAUAUUUGCUGUAUUGUUUCUGUUCUUCAAUGCACACGCAUUUCACAACUAUCUAUGGCUUCCCUUCUUUCCAUUAGCUAUACUGUUGCUUGUGGGUACAAAGUUACAGGUCAUCAUAACUAAGAUGUGCUUAGAUAGCCAUGAGAAAUCUCAUGUUGUUAGAGGAACUUUGCUUGUGAGGCCCAGUGACCACUUUUUCUGGUUUGGCUGGCCCAAAUUGCUUCUCCACCUUAUCCAGUUCAUAUUGUUUCAGAAUUCCUUUCAGGUGGCUUUUUUUGCAUGGACUUGGUACAAAUUUGGUUUUAGGUCAUGCUUCCAUAGAGAGAAUGAGGAUAUCAUCAUAAGGCUUGCCAUGGGCGUAGUUGUACAAAUCCUCUGUGGCUAUGUGACACUCCCUCUCUAUGCUUUGGUCACACAGAUGGGCUCGUCAAUGAGGAAAGAUCAUGCAUUCACAGAGGUUGUGGUUCAUGGUCUGCAAAGAUGGAGAGCGAAGGCCAAGAAAAACCUUGCUUUGAGCAGCUUCAGAAACACAGAUUACCACGCACGCCCUUCGCUAGACGCCUUGCUUGACACUUCACCUUCUCCUGUCAUGAUGCAAGAUUCUGAUCAGUAGACUUUGAUCUCCCUUGAUCAGACUCUGAAUUUGUGGCAGUAGAACUAUAGAUAGAUAGUGAAGAAAAUGCAAGACAGAGACAAUCCGAGGAGAUCAAGCAAAAGGUGGGCACUUUCAAUGGUUUUGACUUGAGCAGUAGUACUACUACUAUUUCGUGAAAUUUCAUAGCAAGGAAAAAACAGACCAUUUUAGGAGAGGUUUUCAUGAGCUCGGUGGCCAUGUUAUAGUCAUAGGUAGUUUUGACAGUUUUUCAUUUUAGCUCGUGUAUGUAAUUAGACGAUGCCGUUUCGGAUGUUCCUCAAGUACUCCGAAUGGCACUUUUUUUCUAACCUUGAAAAGAGCAAGAAAAUUAGUGAAAGAUGAGGAACUUCACUCUUGUUUCAUUUAUCUACU